AAAUACAUGUUUCUCAAAAGGUGGAUGAGAGAACACAAAUGUAAACAGGGAUACUCUGAUUGGCUAAUGAUAAUCUAAUUAUUAAUUUUUGAAUAUCUUUAUAAAUUGCCUGUCUCUUAGAUAGUGAAGAUAUUAAUUCUUAUUAUUCAGACAUGAUACUCCCACCUGAAAUCCAACAAAUGGAUCAGACUUCUAUACAGUUAUACAAGCAAUUAUUGGAUGAGGGUUAUGAAGUUGUUUACAACAUUCGUGUAGUAGUUGUUGGACAUAAAGGUGCUGGCAAGACAACGUUAACGAAGCGUCUGUUUAAUAGAGAUGUUGUUAUCGGUAAGGAAGAAAGCACAAAUGGUAUUGAGGUACAUGUGGACAGAUGUAAAGUUUUGCUAGAGAAAGGACAAUGGAUAAUAUCUGAAAGUGAUAAGAAACCCACAAAUGCAAGUAAUCGUUUAGUAAAACUUUUAAAAAAACCUGAAACCUUUACUGGAUCUGAUUUGCGGAAAAUGGAAGUAAACAAUGAUACCGUUGAAGAGGACUCAUUUGAAAAAGGUGGAGCUGACAAAAAAGAUGUUAGUGAUGAAACAAAAAAAAGAAAGCUUGCUAAAGAUUGGCAGGAUACUCUAGAUGAAAGUAUGCAGAUGCCGACUGUAGAUUCAAAAACAGCAGAUGUCUCAAUUUGGGACUUUGCAGGACAGACAGAAUUUUAUGAUACCCACCAGGUUUUCUUAUCCAAAAGAGCGAUAUAUCUGCUAGUCACUGACAUGUCGAAACAAGUGAAUGAUAUAGUUGAAGAUGGUAACAAAAAUUGGAAAAUAUCAGAAUUUGUUGACUUUUGGCUGACUUCAAUUUAUGAGUUUUGUGGUACAAAAGACAGUGAUGGUCCACCAGUUAUACUUGUUGGAACUUUUGCAGACAAAUUGAAACAGGUGACAAAUCAGGAGUCAAAAGAAGAAACCAUCGGUACUUUUUUCUGCGAUUUGAGGAAAUGUCUUAUCGAUUAUAAGGCAACAUUCAAUCUUCUGAAAAAGUGCAUUCCAAUCGACAACUCUAUAAAGGAUGAUAAAAUAGAGGAACUGAAACAACAUAUUGUAGAACAGGCUUCCAAACAAGCGUAUUGGGGUGAACAUUACCCAGCCAAAUGGAUUACAUUAGAAAGAAGUAUUGGCAAAUGGAAGGAUAAAGGAGAAAAGAUACUAAAAAAGGACCAACUAUUUGAUCUGAACAGCAAAUUACCUGUUCCAAUUAAACAGAAGGAUGGACUGGAUUUGUUCUUACGUUUUCAUCACGACUCCGGAAAUAUUUUGUACUUCAGUGAAGAGGAAUUAAGCAACACUAUUGUCCUUGAUCCACAGUGGUUGAUAGACGCUUUCAAAAGUCUCAUUACUGCUCGAUAUUUCUGCAUCAGCCAAGAUCCAGCAAUAUUUCAAGAAUGGAUCAAGUUUGAAGAGAGUGCAAUUUUGAAAGUAACACUUGUUGAAAAGAUCUGGGAGCUGAAAGAGAGUACUAAGUUUCACAAACACCUCCUGUUAAAGUAUCUGGAGAAACUAGGUAUCAUUGCCAAACCUCAUCAUCUUCCUGGUACAACUGAUGUAACUGAUUACUACUUUGCUCCAUGUUUCCUUAAACAAACACCACCAGAUGAUUUGUUAUCUCCAGAACGGUUACCUGAAAAUAGGAGGUCGACCAGUAAACUGUGCUUGACAACAGAAUUACAUUUUCUACAUGCAGCUGUUUUCAACAAACUCCUUGCAGCUUGUAUCAAUAAAUGGCAGCUAUCAAAAAGAGAUGGAAAAUACUUGGUUUACCGUGGAUGUGCUAUAUUUGAUCUUGAACAAAAUCAUACACUUUAUGUGUAUUUUUUCAAUCAUGUUAUUCAAAUAUGGCUCACAAAAUGCAGCACUAAAAAGGAAAAGCCUAGCCAAUCUGUAUGUCUUGAUGUUUACACAUUCCUCUUAGACCGGCUCACCAACUGUUUGAACCGUUCUGGUAACGUGAAGGUGUUAUUCAAAUGUUCGUCUUCAAAGCACAAUUCAAUUGAAAACAUGUUCCCAAUUGAUGAACUGUCAGAAAAGUCAGAAGUUGUAUGCAAAUGCACGACAGAAGAGCAUGUGUUUGAAACAAAGGAGCUUACAGAGUAUUGGCUCAAUUCAAAAAAGUUUCCAAAAGAUUCCUGUAUAUUUGAUGGUCGAUUGAUAGUACUUGAUAGCAACCAGAUAAAUGUUUUGGAAGCUUCAUUAAAUGAAAAGCCGAUAGGACAAGGUGGAAUUGGUACAGUGUAUCGUUGCAACAAUCCGGACAUAUUUGGCAUCCCUGUGGCUGUGAAGAAGAUAAAUACAAAGGGUGAUUCGAAAAUUGAAAGUCAAGUCAGAAGGGAGAAAAUUGCGUGCAGACUGAUGAACCCAUUUAUACUCCCUCUCUUAGCUGUUUUUGAGAAGUCAAAUGAGUCAAAUAAGUAAGCUAUAAUUUGUUAAAUGUUUGUUGAUGUUUUGCUCUGA